AACAGAAGAAAGGGACCGCGGGGCCAGUCUGCCUGGACUCCAUCAACCCAGCGCGCAGCCGGCAGCAGAGGGUGAUUCUGCCCGUCCACUACCCGGGCCGAGUGCACAGAGCGAACCAGAUAACGGCGUAUCCCACUCGGACGAGCAUGGACCCUCGCGGAAACCCCAUCACGGUGCUGACGGUUGAGCGACACGGUGAGCAGAGCCUCUACCAAGCCCAGUCCCCAGCCUACAUCCGAAGUUACCAGCCGAUUCACUUGGACCAUGCUUUGAACACGCAUCACUGUAGCCUGGAGCACAGGGCUUACUCACCGGCUCACAACUUCCGAAGGCCCAAGUUUGGCGGACGCAACUUUUCCAAAGCGACGUGCUUUUCCCAGUACGAGACCAUGUACCAGCACUACUACUUCCAAGGCCUUAGUUACCCUGAGCAAGAUGGACAGCCUCCAGCUGGCAUUUCCUCCAAGGGUCCUUCCCGUGCCUUCCAGCCUGGGAGCAGCAUGCUUUUCCCUCCUGUGGUACACGUGGUGCCCUCGUCCCGCUUGGAGAGCGGCAGCACCUCCAGCUUUAGCUGCUACCACGGGCAUCGUUCGGUGUGCAGCGGAUAUUUGGCCGACUGCCCUGGGAGCGACAGCAGCAGCAGCAGCUCUGGUCAGUGCCACUGCUCCUCCAGCGACUCCAUGGUUGACUGCACCGAGGUCAGCAACCAGGGGGUUUACGGCAGCUGCUCCACCUUCCGCAGCUCUUUGAGCAGUGACUACGACCCCUACGUGUACCGCAGUAAGAGCCCUUGCCGCGUGGGUGAGGUCGGUGGUGCAAACAGGGGUGCAAUUGUUCUGUUGGAGGGCCCCCACCAGGACGAGCUCCCAGCUCAUGGGCACAGUCUGGUCGGUGCCGACUGCCGGCCUGUGCCAGCUUCUUCCUCAGGGGACCAACUGUCCAAUUGCAGCAUGGAUAUGAACUAUAGCAGUAAUUCCUCACUAGAGCACAGGGAUCCAAAUGGCACUACCUCAGAGGGAGGACACGAGGCCACUCCUGGUGCUGCCUUGGAUGGUAAAAGGAACUGGAAGAAUCCAGAGAUAGCGGGGCCGCUCGUGGAGCAAGCGUGUGCGUGCUGCUUUGAGCUCCAGCACUCUGCCCUGGAGCCUGGCACUGGGACUGCCGACUGUGGUGCACUCUUCCUUAGCUCUCCUCUGUGGGGGACGUGUGGCCCAGGAAUAGAACCGCAGGCAGGGAGCGCCCCGGCCUUGUACAGUAUUAACUCAGACCACUUGCAUAGGACAGAUGGGGUAAAAUAUGAGGGCUUGCCCUGCUGCUUCUAUGAAGAGAAGCAGGUAGCCUGUAGUAGCAACAGUGGCAGCGGAGGUGGUGGCUGCUAUACAGAAGACUAUGCAGUGAAUGUGCAGUACACGCUUCCCGACGACACCUUGCCAAGCUGCUGUAAGGGUGUAUGUGAUCUGGGUCAACGCAUUCCCAUAAUUCCUGAAGACAGAGACUGUGAGCUGAUCCUACCUACAGAGUGCCAAGGGACCCACGCGGGCGGCUGCAGUGCCUGGGCUGGAAGCCCUGAGCUGGAUUCCUACCUGCACUGCCAAGGUAGAGGGGACGCGCAGGACGAGAGGGAGGCGUGCUACGAGGCGGCGGCGUUCCUGCGGCAGAGCUACUCUCAGGAGGAGGAAGCCAGAAUGCUCUUUCCCAGUCCCGCUCUGAACUCCCAGAAGCUGAUGACGACCACAAAGGCCACAGGUGCUGGAUCUCAUCCCUUGGAGAGAAGCCAAAUCGGUGACUAG